AUGCUUCGACACUUCUCUAUCCCGUGCGGAAGGGAUGCUCGCCUUUGCCUCAAUAUAGCAGAACCAGCCUUACGCGCACAAGGCUUAAGUCUGCAGACAUGGGCAUCCUCCUUUGUGCUCGCGAGCUUGCUCCAUAAACUGUCAAUCGACCUUUCUUCCCCUGCUUCCAUACCUGUCCUCGAGCUCGGUGCGGGUACUGGACUUGUCGGCCUGACUGCAGCGGCACUGUGGAAAUCACCUGUGAUACUUACAGACCUUCCGCCGAUUGUUCCGGGAUUGGCUAGUAAUAUCAAACUCAACGCGGCCACCGUGAAGGCUAUUGUUGAGUGUGGUUCAUUGGACUGGAGUAACCCGGAGACUCUGACCCUCCAAGGCGGUACACUGUACCACACGGAAAAGGAUAAAGCCCGCGUUAUCCUCGCCGCAGACACAGUAUACUCGGAAGAGCACCCGGAGUUGCUCUCCAAAGCCAUACUCCGUUGGCUCGCUCCAGGACCCUCGUCCCGUGUCAUUUUGACAUACCCUAUGCGUGUGGCUUAUCUGGAUCAAAUUCGAGAGUUGUGGCAGCUUCUGGAGAAGGGUGGUCUCGAAGCUCUUCAUGAAGGUCGUGAGCAGGCCGACCUUGACGCCUGGGACGAUGAGGGUCUUUGCGAGUGGAGUGUAUGGAGAUGGCAGCAGAACUCCACUCAUACUGAGCAGCGUCACACCGAGACAUGA